AUGACACGAUGUUCUUUGGUUUCGAAGCGAUUCCGCGAGACGAUUGAAGAUCUCGAAGAGGACCAUCCGGAACAUGUGCGAUCCACCCAACGCGCUCGAAUUUUCGUUUGUGAUCGCCGAAGAGCGAUACUCGAGGGAGUUUCAUCGUUCACACCGACGCGAUUCGUUCGCGAAUCGGAAAAAGAGUUGUCGAGGAACUCGUCGAAAGAAACGCUGUCGCCGAGAGAGCGUAAGAAGUCACGGACUAAAUCAACUAGCAAUUCUGAGAGUUCGGAAAAUAAUGAUAAAGAGAAGAAGGAGCCCGCGAUUCCAUUUAUAAGCGAUCAGUACGCGGAUAACUCAUUACCAAAUUGGGCGUUCCAGUUCAAUUUUGAUGAAUGGAUUGCGAAUUAUGAAGUUGAAGAAGUAUUUUUCAAAAACUUUUGCUCAUUCUUUGAUCGCGAGAAAUCAUCAUCGGAGAUGAACAUGAGAGGAAGUCCGGCUCUCGGCACACCGCGCGCCCCGUCGCCGCCGGACUCGUGUCGAAUGUUGUCGCCGCCGCCAUCGACGUCGAAAUGCGGCGUCGCCAUCAACGAUGAGUCGAUGUACACUCGAUUGCUGCCAAAGGAUAUCGAAGGUUUGAAACGCUUGUCGGCCGGACGCGUCGAGCGACUCGCCAAGAAUCUCGAGCACAUCCGAAACGCCCAUUUCGUCUUCAAGGAUUUCUGCUGCUAUAACGGACGACCACCAGCGUUGAUCUUCUGGUUCCUGUCGAUGGUUCGACGAAGCAUGACACACCUGACGUUCGACCGUGUGCAAGCGACGGUUCCCGUCGAGCUUCAUGACGUGCUGACUCUCGCCAACGUCCGUCGCGUCACUGUCAUUCAACCCGACAGCAAACCUGGCAUUAUGGUUCGAGCGCAAUUUCUGCUCAUGUGGCUUCGUCUGCCCGAUCAGAUUCGUCAGAAGAUCUCGGUCCAUCUCACCGGAUGUCGCGAAAUGACGCCGAAAGGAUUGGCGGCGUUCGUGACGGCGUGGAAGGUGCGUCCCGAGCCGGCGGUGUUCAAUCAGAUAUCCAUCGAUGCCAACUCGUACAAGUUCAACGAGUUUAUCAAUGAGCUGGAGAGUCUUCAGAGCAAAGAUGAUUUGAUUCCACCAAAGAGUCCAUUCUCGAAGCCAUACUCGGAUGAGAACGCUCAUGAUGUGGUUCUCGAGAAGUCCGUCGAGAUUUUCCAUUCGAAAGACGCGACAUUCUCGCUGAGAUUCCGAUACUGCAAACCGUCAAGGCGAAUGGUUUUGACUUGCGAAUGCGACGAUCUUCCGAGUCUGAAGGCGUUGUCGCCGGUGCCGACGUUCUCGCGUUUGUCGCUAUCGCGACCGCAUUCGAGUGCGUCGGUGCUCACCGAGCUGCGAAAUGUGCAAUCAGCGAGUGUGAUAUCGUUGGACCCAAAAAAUCGACUGCUCCGUCCAGUCUCGCAAAACGGGGUCCGAAUAGCGGGAUGCCGCGAAAAUGGUCACGAGGAAGAGCCAUCGUUUGUGAAUCGAAUGCUUCGCUUCUUGGCGUCGUCGAGUUGA